AUGGUUGCCCUUCGCUUCUUCCAUCUUGCUGCCUUCCUACUAUCGGCGUCAUCUAAGAUCGUGACUGUCACAACUAGGAAGAGUUACGACGACCCAUUACGCCCUUUGAAUGGGGUAACAUGCUGGAGAAAAAAUACUGGUUUUAUGCCAAACUUGGAUUGGAAGCUUCAAAGGGACGCUGUUGCAUUCAUUGGCAUUCCUGCAAUUAAGAGCACUGGUUCUCUAUCCUGUUUCACUUGUUGGAAAAUCAGUUAUAAUAGUGUGGAGAACUAUUUUCUGGCACUCGAUGGGUCUGACUCUGGUUAUGUUCUUUCUGUGAGGGAUAUGCUGUCUUUGACGGGCGAAGCGCAUGAGUUAAGCAUUAAUGCCGAAGUUACGGAAGUGAAUGUCGCAAACUGUGGACUAUCAGCACUGGACCUUCACGCAUAUGACUUUUAG